AGACUAAUUAAAUCAUCCAUUUCACAAACCACAUACAUUAAUCCUAGUUUUUCUAAAUUAUUAUUAUCUCUAAAUUCUCUCUUUUUUAUUUAAGGAAAAACAAGUAUGUCUGGAGAACACCACCACCACCACCUCUUCCACCACAAGAAGGAUGAUGAUGAGAACAACACUCCUGUGGAAGCUGUUGUCUUGACUGACUCCACCACCUAUUCCGACACCGCUUACAGCAGUGGAUACACCGAGACCACUACCACCGCGGUUGUCGGGUCCGACGAUAAGGACUAUGAGAAGGAAGAGAAGCACCACAAGCACAAGGAGCAUAUGGGUGAGCUUGGUGCUGUUGCUGCUGGUGCCUUUGCUUUGCAUGAGAAGCAUAAGGCGAAGAAAGACCCAGAGCAUGCUCACAAGCACAAGAUUGAGGAGGAAAUCGCGGCGGCUGCUGCAGUCGGGGCUGGUGGCUAUGCAUUCCAUGAGCACCAUGAGAAGAAGGAAGCCAAGGAUGAGCAGAAAGAGCAUGAAGGAAAGCACCACCACCACCUGUUUUAAGUCAAUUGAGACUUAAUUUAAUGAACAUUUUAUUAAAUUUGUUCAUUAUUAACUAUUAUAUGCUCUACUAUUUCUUUGUGUUUUAGCUCUAUGAUGGCUUUGUGAUUGAGAUGAUUAAUUCGGUUUUUAUAUCCGGUUUCCGUUUCUCAUGUAAUACAUAUAAUCGUUUAUAAUAAAAUUUACUAAUAAUAAUUUUCAUAAA